GUCCAGGCUGAGGUAUCCUGAUGAUUACUGAUCAGGCUUCAAGGAAAAAAAAGUCCCAAGACUAAAAGAAUCGGGUAGAGCUGAAAGAGGAAGCUGAACCGACAAACAAUAAUGUGGACCGGAUAUAAGAUCUUAAUCUUCUUUCUGACGACAGACAUCUGGGCCGAGACUCAUUUUUUAUCUCAAGGAGAAGUGGACCCAGGGCCGAGUUUCACUAGAAAUCGCACCAUUUUUGAAGGUACUCGGCACAAAAGGGCCAUUUUCCACGGGGAAUACUGUAGGCGCUUUGGCUGCUGUGAAGCUAGAGAUGACGCCUGUGUCACUCAGUUCUAUGAGGCCAAUGCGCUGUGUUACUGUGACAGCUUCUGUGAACGGGACACUUCUGAUUGCUGUCCUGAUUACAAGUCAUUCUGCCAUGAAGAGAAAGAAAGGCCUCCUCUCCAAGAGCCUUUAGACCCGGAAGGUUGCUUCAGAGAUAGCCAGCAUUAUGAAGAAGGAUCAGUAGUUAAAGAAAACUGCAACUCCUGUACAUGUUCAGAACAACAAUGGAAAUGUUCCCAACAUGUGUGCCUUGUUCAUCCGGAAUUAAUUGACUACAUCAAUAAAGGAGACUACGGAUGGACAGCACAGAACUAUAGCCAAUUCUGGGGAAUGACUUUAGAAGAAGGAUUCAAAUUUCGCCUAGGUACCUUGCCACCUAGCCCCAUGCUUCUCAGCAUGAAUGAAAUGACAGCAUCUUUUCCUCCCAGAGCUGAUCUUCCUGAGGUUUUCAUUGCUUCUUAUAAGUGGCCUGGAUGGACUCAUGGUCCACUGGAUCAAAAAAACUGUGCUGCAUCCUGGGCAUUUUCCACCGCAAGUGUGGCAGCUGACCGAAUUGCAAUUCAGUCCAAGGGUCGAUACACAGCCAAUCUCUCUCCUCAGAAUUUGAUCUCUUGUUGUGCCAAGAACCGUCAUGGAUGCAACAGUGGAAGCAUAGAUAGGGCCUGGUGGUUCCUGAGAAAACGUGGACUGGUAUCUCAUGCGUGCUACCCCCUUUUCAAGGACCAAAACACUACCAAUAAUAUCUGUGCUAUGGCAAGUAGAUCAGAUGGACGGGGAAAACGGCAUGCCACAAAGCCAUGUCCCAACAGCUUCGAGAAAUCCAACAGGAUUUACCAAUGUUCUCCUCCAUACAGAGUCUCUUCCAAUGAAACUGAAAUUAUGAGAGAAAUCAUAAAAAAUGGACCAGUUCAAGCCAUAAUGCAAGUCCAUGAAGAUUUUUUUUAUUAUAAGACAGGAAUAUACAGACAUGUGGUCAGCACAAAUGAAGAACCAGAAAAGUAUAAAAAACUUCGGACACAUGCAGUUAAACUCACUGGAUGGGGCACACUGAGAGGAGCAGGAGGAAAGAAAGAAAAAUUUUGGAUUGCUGCCAAUUCCUGGGGAAAGUCAUGGGGAGAGAAUGGCUAUUUUAGGAUUCUUCGAGGAGUAAAUGAGUCUGACAUUGAGAAAUUGAUUAUCGCAGCGUGGGGCCAACUGACAAGUUCAGAUGAUCCAUAGCUAUCACAUUUCCAUAAGGUCAUGCUUUUAAGUAACUCAUUAAAUCGAAUUUUAGCAAUCAAAGGUUCUCUGUGCCAGUGGAAGUGGUGUAUUUUUUCUGUAUGCAUAGAACAUUCCUGUUUUCUUGUUUUACUCCAGGAUCUAAUCUGUUCUCUUUAUAUUAUUAAAAUCCAAAUAAAAAAAAAAUGGCUAAAUGUCA